CUAGUCCUAACUCCUACCUAAUACUCGUAAUAAAGAUACAUAAAUAAAGUUUUUUACUGUAAUAUACUCCGUAUAAAUCAGCUUAUUCCAUCAAAUAUAAUUUGAGGUACACAAAAAACUCAGUAGAUUAGACGUGGCACCACCAAAUAGGUAAAUACCCCUCCUAACAGUAAUUAAGUAGCAGCAUAAUUUUUUGAAAUAUCACACUAUAAAAUGAUUAUAAAUGACAAGUUGACAACUACGAGAUCAUCAUCCUCUCCGUUAAAUGCCACUUCACAUCAGUACUCUGAAAUGUAUUGCAUGAAUUCCUGGUCGGACUCAACACCUGCCAUUGUUUCCGGUGCCAGCACGGCUUCUAAAUCGACAGUCCCACCGCCGUCUCGGCCCGGGAAAGCCGAAAUCUUGCCGUCAAACUUAUUGGCCCGCCCGCUUCGGACCGCAACGGGUCUGCCCCACCCGAAAUCGUUGUCGUACAUCGGGAAUCUAGGCGAGCUGCCCAUCGUGAUCAUCGCCCCGUCGAAAUUCCCCAACGGGAAACACCGCGGCUCCCUCUCCCAAUCCUCUACGUACCUCCUCACCGUAGCAUUAUCGUGCGCCUUCACGUUCUUACUCAACUGCCCGGCGCACCACCGGAGAUCAUGAGACAGCACAUCGCCGGCGGUUGCGUACGUCGGGAUGCUCUGUAUGGCGUUGCCGAAAUACAACGGAUCGAGCUUCGGCUCUAAGCGGUGGCGGCAGUUCACAGCCAUGCGAAACGUCGUCGUUUGAGAUGGUGGGAGUUUCCUGGCGCGUGUCACUGCACGCCACAGCAACGCGGACAGCGAUUGGAAAGACGAGAUCUCAUCGGUAACCGUUUCCUUUUCCGUUAUCUGGUUUAACGACGUCACUUUCGGGUCAAAAUUAUUAACGGCUGCUUUCAAUUUCAAAAUUGAUUCCCGACUGAAGCUGAAUAUCCGCUCUCUGACCGGAGCUUCAAGGUUGAAAGUCACUACGGGUCCGCCGGCGGGGAGUUUCAGCACCGCCGGCGAUAUGAAAACAGAGUCCCGGCUGAAAUCCGGUCGCCGCGUGAUCCUCUCGACGCCUCUGGAAACCUCCGCAAACGUGUUGAUGAAAUGCCACAGAGAGGUGCCGUCUGUGACGGCGUGAUUGACGGAGCACCCAAUGAAGACUCCGUCGGCGAGCUCCGUCACCUGGAUGGCGACCAGCGGCUGGAAAUGGCCCUGAUAGCUAACCGUCCGGUCAAAGGUGAAGAAUUCCCUGACCACUUCCGGGACGUCGUGGGAGCGAAGAAUGUCGCUGACCGAAACGCCGGCGUUGACGGCCUGCACAAAGUCAACUCCGGCGUCGUUGCAGGUGAUGUAAACGUACCCGUCGGAAUCGGUGAUGAGCCGGCCGGCGAGCGGAGGGAAGUGAGUCAAGGUCUGGGCAAGCGUUGACUUGAGCGAGGAGAUGAAAUCGGAGAUGGGAAAUGGGGGGCGAGUGAAAAGGCAGCCCUUUUGAAUGUAGUGAGUGGAGAGCAUGGGGAGAUCGGAGAAGGAAAGCUUCAAGUCCGGCAGUGUAGAUUUUUCGGCGGGGAAAAUGGUGCAUUUGUGGAGUGUGGCGGUUUGUGGCAUGGCGGCGGCCAUUACUGUUUGAUUCAAUUCUGGGUAAUUUUAGAUUUGUUAUACGGAGUACGAUAUAGAUUGAUAAGUGGAUCCUUUGUUCUAUCGUUUUAUACAAGAAAGUAAAGAGAAAUGUGGAAGAGAAAUUAUACGGCAUAGAGAAAAG